GCGGAGCGGAGCCCGCCGGUAACUCAACGCGUCACUUCCGGGUUCCGCCGCGGGGAGCCACUUCCGGGGGAGCGGCCGGCGGCGCGGGAGUUGGCUCUGGAGGCUGGUGAGUCAGAGGAGACCGAAGACAGGAGGCGGCUGAGGUCAUGGCCUCCGAUCUGGACUUCUCACCCCCCGAGGUGCCCGAGCCUACUUUCCUAGAGAACCUGCUACGGUAUGGACUCUUCUUGGGAGCCAUCUUCCAGCUCAUCUGUGUGCUGGCCAUCAUCGUACCUGUUCCCAGGUCCCACGAGGUGGAGGCAGAACCCUCUGAGCCUAGAAGUGUGGAGGUGACGAGGAGGCCCAAGGCUGCUGCCCUCUCCGCCAGCAAGAGGCCCAAGAAGGAGGCCAAGAAGAAGCGGUAGAAGAAGAGGCCGUAGAGCCAGGCGGGUGGGGCGGGCCCCAGGGGCAGCCCUCCUGGGACUCAACCUCCUGUUCCCUUGCUCACCCCAGGGUCAUGGCUGAGGUGGCCGGGUCGCUCUCUCACCACAGAUAUCUGAACAAUCAUGGUGGUCCCCAGGCCCCAGCUGGGCAGCCCACCACUUCCUCUUCCUUCCGCCUCUGGGACAGUUUAGAGCCAAGGGGGCCGAAACCCCCCACGAGCAGAGGCUGUCUAAGAAGUCUGCCUGUUCAGAAGUUGGGUCAGCUCAGAGUGACCUUUCCAUGCUGAAUCAUUGCAUCCAGCCUUUACUUACCCACCUUGUGGAUUUACACUACAUUCUCUACAUUCUAGGGUCAUGCCCUCAUGCUGACAAGCACUGUGCCUCCCAUUGCGCAUGCACCGCAGAUCUGCUCCCCUGUCACCUUUGUCUCUGCUGGUAACAGGAGCCAGGCCAGGCCUUCCGGGUUUGCUUAGGUCAAGACGCCAUGACCACUGUGAUGUUAGUGGUCCCACAGGCACAAUAGCUAGGAAAGAACCAGCUGGAAAGCCGGCCAGGGCUAUGCCUGGUUCUCCUCUGGCAGAUGGAAGGGAUUUGACCUGUGCUCUUGGGCCUAGUCUUUCUUAGCCUCUGAAAUGGGGGCUUGUCAGUCUCAGACCAACCUCUUUUUAGCCCAUCAUGGUACAUUUGCUGUGUGCCUUUUGGCUUCCAUCUGACACGUCCCCACUUCCCCUAAUGCUUUCAACCCCAGAACAGUGAGGAAAAGUCAUCUGGGCAAAUAAACAUCAAUAAACUGCCUCCCAGGCUGAA